CUUCACAUCAGGGACUGACUAAAAGACCGAGUGAAUACACGAGGACCGAGAACCUGAAGCUUAAUCUCACCGACAGAUUUCACUGAUGACCACGAUGAUGUUAACGAUAAUGAAAACCUGUAGUCUGAAUGUUUUUCCCUGUGGUGGAGAAGGUCCUGAUGUUCCAUUGUGCAAUACAGGUAAGCCAGACAUCAAGAACUACAAGGAUGCAUGCCCAUUUGAUGCACAGGAUCUGACGUGCAACAGGAUGCACAAGCAGGACAUGAUUCCGUUUAUCCAGAGGAAAGCUCAGGAGUGUCUCCUUCAUAUGGAAGAGCCAGGGCAAUGGGAAUCCUAUUUCUUCUGGAACAUUAUGGAAUUGUUCUGUAACUUCAAAGGAAAAGUGAUGAUGUCAGAAGUUGCUGUAGUCUUCUUCAUAGGCUUCAGUUGUCUUAGAAGAAAGCCAGCCAAGCUCAAACGUUUUAGAAAACUGAAAGACUGGUACCUGUCUCUGGCAAAUCUUUUAUGUGCCUCUAUGCCAGAAGAUGAGCAUAUCAAAGCUGUGCUUGACAUGGGAGAUGAUCUUGCCACCAAAGGGCUGACCUAUGCAGCACAUCUGUGCUACAUCACAGCAUAUAAGGAAUUCGGCUUCGAUCUGAUUGGCUGCCAGAGCUUGCCAGUCGAUAAAUCAACCAUGACGGAAGCUAUUCAGCGUACAGUGGUUUAUGAAUAUGUUUUGAGUUUGACCUUAGAGCUUACCAAUCCAAACAUCCAGGAGCUCAGGUUCCUUUAUGCCAGCAAGCUGGACAAGUUCGGAUUUUCUACUCAAGCCCUACAUUGCUGUAAAACCAUCGCUGUAGAAGUCGCCACUUUCCCAAAAAGAGCCACAAGCGCCUUUCUGGAGCAGCUUACACGGCUGUCAGAAAAAUUGCAUGGAGAGAAGGAAGAAAAACCUGAAUGGCUAAUGACUCUUCGUUUGCUGCUCAAAACAGAAGAAGAUCUUUCAAAUGUUUGUAUUGAGCAAGAGGAAUGCACUGAGACACCUCCUUUUCUGGACAUGCCUGUUGCUUCAGGUCACUACCAGAGCAGGGUUCGGGCGCACUGGGCUUUUACAUUUAUAACCAAGGAGGUUACUGCACGGUACACUAUAGGAGCUCUACUGGGCCAAGGACGUUGCAGUGCUGUGUAUGCAGGAGUUUGCAAAACAGAUAACAGAGAAGUUGCUGUUAAAUUUUGCAUCAACAAUGCGUUUAGUGGAAUGAUGACCAUGCCUGAAGAUUCAAGAGUUGUCCCUAUAGAAGUGGGAUUAAUGGAGUUGGUGUCCAAGCCGGUUCGCUGUCCGUAUGUGCUGGAGCUGCUAGAAUGGUUUGAGAUACCCAAAUACAACGUCCUGAUCCUGGAGCGACCCAGUCCCUGCAUGAACCUUGUACAAUUCUGUGAACUUCACAAGGGUAAACUGCCUGAACCCGUUGCUCGAGACAUCAUACUGCAGGUGAUUGUGGCUGCUCGUCAUUGCUGUGACUGUGGUGUUUUUCAUAAUGACAUCAAGCCUGGGAAUAUCCUCAUCAACACGGAGACGCUGCAGAUUAAGCUGAUAGACUUUGGAUCCGGUGAUUUGCUUAAGGACACCCCAUACAAGUAUCGUUCACGCACUCCAGACUACAACCCUCCUGAGUGGUACCUUUGUAGAGAGUAUAUGGCCCGUUCCAAAAUCGUCUGGUCUCUGGGUGUAAUGCUGUAUGAAAUAGUCUGUGGAGAAGUGCCCUUUAAGUCAUCAGAGGAAAUCAUUGUAGGUCACUUGCACUUCCCUGCGGGUGUGUCUGAAGGUGAGAAAAUGUAAAAUAUCACAUUUAGACCGGUAUAAUAAAGCUGACACCUUUUAUAGCAUAA